GUCAGUCAGUCAGUUGUCAGUACCUAUUGUCACACACUACGAUACGGCUGAAAUGAACUAGUUCACUGAGUGCAAGUGCUGAUUUUAAAAGUUAUUGUUUUGUGGCCUGAUGUCAUUAAUCUGCUGAGAGUAUGAACGACCCCAACUCAUAUGGAUAUCAGGAAAACGCGACGGACCUGUCGGUUGCCGAGCAGCAGCGUCCAGAGGUGCUCCCGUCGGAGUACAAGUUCACUCCAGAUGAGCUGCGCGUGCUGGGCGAAUGCAACAAAGAGAGCUUCUUCCAACGAUCCCUGCCUCUCGGCACCACGUUUGGCCUCGGAGCCUAUGUUGCUGUACAAAAAGGCCGUCUUAAGCCCAACCCUCGGUUCGGGCCGUUCCCGAAAGUGACGCUGGCAGUAAUGGUCGGCUACUUCAUCGGCAAGCUGUCGUACCAGCAGGCUUGCGCCGAGAAGCUAAUGGCACUCCCCGGCAGCUACAUCGGUCAGCUGCUACGAGAACGAAAAGAUGGAAAGGUUUCAGGAGGAGCUAGGCAAGUACCACCAACAGCUUCAGUGCCAUGUUUUAUACAAGGUCGGAGUCCAAUGGGGAGUAAGCCGGGGACGACGAUGUUCGGCGCCAACCCGAGCGACAUAUACUCGGAUGCGGGCCCCGGCAGCUCGCUCGACCUGGACACCGACCGGCCGCUGUUCAACGACGACUCCUACCGUCCGGGCUCCACGGCACCCGUCCCGGCACCAGAGGUCGCCCCGAGGAAUCCAAGUCUUUCCUACGACGACUUACGUCGUAAAAAUAGAGAUGACUACAAAGGUUCCAAACAGGACCCAUACAGGACGGAGCUGGGUGCGCCGCCGCCUGUGCAGCGCAUGCGCACCGAACCCCCGGCGCCUUCGCCGCCCGCGCCGACCAACAAGUACGGUGACGUCAUGGAGUAAAGUCGCGUCGCUCGUCCACGUCUUGUCAUUGCGUAGUUACGAGUCCACAACGCGUCUUACGUUCGUACGCCGUGAUAUUAUUGUGCGCUUACAAAGCCUCUGAGACGGUACCCCGGUACCCUCGUGCUCUUCAAGGCUUGGCCCCUAGUAUGCAUAUGUCAGUUAAACAAGCUUACCUUUUACACAAUGUACAAAACUGUUUUAAUUGACAAUGAAAAAUAAUAGUUGAGUUUUA